AUGAUUGAGACGUUCCUUGGAAUAAGCUCCAUCGAGGCCAACAGGCCGUUGACAGUGGCUGAGCUUAAGAAGAGGACAGAAAGGGAGACCGGUAUUCCGUCUUCGGCCUGCACGAUAUACCGUCUCAAGCGGAUAUCUCGCAACGGACCCCUUACUCCAUACUCCCUUACUCCGUGUACAAAGAUCUGCGCAAUAGUCCCAUCUCAGGCAACUCGGCUGAGUGUGGGUGUGUUGAAUGCGCUUUCGCAGUCCCUCUCCACGCACGUCAAGGCAGUCGAACCUGAGCCAACAAAUAACGUAGAGAACGCCUCUUCCUCCUUGUCAAUAAUGCAUCGCAAGGAGCAGGAGAAGCAGUCAGGGGAUACCUUUAUCACUGCAAGAGGCCUGUCUCUUGAGGAUGGGGUACAGAGGUGUAUGGUGGCUAAGGACCUUUUUGCUCUCUGCGAUGCAUUUCGCUUGAGGUAUAUAAUUGCCAAGGAGACACAUGAAACAGUAGUUAGAAUGCUGGAGUCAUUGAAAGAGCAGUUAGAAAUGGCCACGCGAGGCCCACGAACGGACUUCGAAGCCAACCUUCUUCAGCACGUGCGCAAAAACAUAGUCACAUCUGUUAGUGAAAGAAAGAGUGCGUUGCUUGUGGCACUGGAGACGGAAGUAGCAGAGGAGGAGCUGAUGGAAAUACAAUUUGCUAGUCUCUCCAAUAUGUACCGCUGA